UUCCCCACGCGAGAAGGGUUUUAAGGAGGUUUUAUAGCAAAUCCAUUUUUCGACGACGACUUCGCCUCCAAGCCUGAAUCCGUCUGAUCUCGUCGUUCUCGCCGCGCUUAAUCUCCGCUCAGAAUCACCGAUCAUCGUCGAUCUUUCCUCCUUCUCCGAUCCAUGUCCGCCUCGGUUUCGGAAUCCCCGAGCUCCGAUCCAUCGACUCGUCCUCCGGAUUCCUCCCCAAUCGAGACGAAAACCCUAGAAAGCCACAAUUCCGACGAAAAGCGGAGCUCGGACCUGGUCGAGACGAAUGCAGACGGCGAAGAAGAGGCGGAGGAAGAGGAAGGGGAGUGCGGGUUUUGCUUGUUCAUGAAAGCCGGCGGUUGCAGGGACACGUUCAGCGACUGGGAGAAGUGCAUCGAAGAGGCGGAGAAGAGCAAGGAAGACAUCGUGGACAAGUGCUUCCAAGCGACCGCCGCUCUGAAGAAAUGCAUGGAGGCUCACUCCAACUACUACGAGCCAAUACUGCGGGCUGAGAAGGCGGCGGAAGAGGAGGCCAUGAAGGAAUUGGAGAGGGAGGCAGCGGUGAAGGAAGCGGAGCAGAGCUCGAGUGUGAAGCCUGCUUCCGAGGAGCGAAUAGAGACCUUGGAAGUUGCUAAUGAGUGAUUGGCUUUUGAAGGAUCGGUGACGGUCAGGCAAUUUUUCCCUUUUGAAUCUUUUGAUUACUGAGAGCAAAAUAGUGGUUCGUUUCAGCUAAUUCUGCUGAUUUUCGGAGAAUUUCCGAGGAAUGGAGAGAAUUUUUAUGUGAGGAAUACAGAUGGAACUUCUGUUACUGCCGUCGAGUUAAAUUAAACGAAUUGUUUUCGAGAUGUACUCUGGCAUUUCUUUGAUAUUUACACUAUCCAGAUUUCGUCAUAAUAAGUGUACUCUGACAUUGACUUUGGGACUUAAACUCAGUUUAUGGCUAGAAUUUUGUUUCUAAAGAGCUCAAUGCUCGUUGUUUGCCCUCAUUCCAUUGUGGUUCUCGCCAUAUUGUGGAA